ACUAAAACUAGUUGUAUUCGGGCCGGCCCAACAUUUGGAUAAGUGAUGGAAGGCAGUUCACGCGACCGUGUACAUCGAUCAGAAACGCCGCCGCCACAUCCAGACCCGUGUGCGUCGAGGGUGACCGCUGCCGCCGCCGCCUCCGCCGCCGGAUCGGCCUGAUCCUGCAUCACAGGCGAGCGACGCCGACACCAGCUCCGCCCUUUUCUGCAUCGCAGGCGACCGCCGCCGCCAGCAGAUCAGGCUGGUCCUGCAUCGCCGGCGAGAUACGCCGCCACCAGGUCUAUGCCGUCCCAACUUCAACAGACGCCGCCACCAAUAUCUCUGCCAGAGCAAGUUGGAGUUGUGCGUCUAGGGAUCAGCAGGGCUUUGCAGAAUUGGGAGCUGGGACUGCGUCCAUAUCUCAAAUCAGCUCGACAUUUAACCAGAGAUUCGCGAAUGGUUGAAAGGAAGAAGCGUGGAAGGGCGAAGGCAAGAAAGAGCUUCCAAUGGGUCAAGCGGUCUAUGUGCAAAAUUACCGUGCCUCUGGUGGUGGCAGGUCCUCUCCUAUUUGUUGUGAAUUCUCAGUCAGCAUAGAUCUUGUAUUUGCACUGGAUGUGCUGUUAUUUCAGUGGAAGGCCCAUGGGAGCUUUGUACUCGGAUAUUGCAGUUUGUGUCGAUCAUCGAGUUCCUGAGACCAACUACUGCGAUUUUUUGUAUGUUGAUACAGCAAGCAGAACCAGAAAAAACCUUUUGACUAAAUCUAGAUGCAGAAGAGCUGCUGACGGCCAAUAAAAAACAGACCGGGCCUCUGAUGCAUAACUGU